CAUGUUUUCGUCACUUUUACUCAAUUAAUGCAGAAAGUAGUUGAGAAUUUGAGCAGUUACAUGGAUUGUGUUUGACCAAUCAUGAAUAACUUAAGUAUUCUUUUUGGUAUGUAUUCUUCUACCUAACCUCUUUAAGACUGCCUGGUACUACGAACUUUGCACCCACUUUUGACCGCCUCUUAACAUAUUUGCUAUCUUAUUGUCUAUUAAGCAGCUUAAGGUCUCUCGAAAAGCGCUAUGUUAGUCCAAACAUUGUAAUUAAUAUUAAAUAAUGGCAUUGUAUAGUUAACAAUGGCAGACAAUGCGGUCUCCUAUUUGCACACCUGAAAGCAAUAGACUUAGUUUGUCACCUCCGCUGGUGACCACUAGAUGGCGGUAUUGCUCUUGUAUUGACAUACACGAGUCCUUCUACAACACUUCUUUACGUCCUAAUAUUAGGAAUAAUCACCGGUUUCCUCAAAAUAUUUUUAUUUUAUUUUAAAGCACAACUACCUGUGAUGUUUCAAAAAUAUUGCUACGGGUCUAGCUAAGCUAAGCUAGCUAAGGUCGACAAAAUAAAGUGUCGCGUAAAUGUGAUUUUGUCUCCCCCUUCUGGCGACGAGAAGUAAUUAUCAGGGAUAUAAGGCGAGCUCAGUUCAAAGGCUGAGGCCAAAGGCAACGUGACUCGUCACAUGUCAUUUUGAAGGAUGCUGAGAGCCCCGCGAGCCUGUCAAUCAAAUCAUUUAGUGUGGAGGCCGGCCGAUGAACUUGGAAGCGACACGUCAAGGCCUCUCGAGCUGGAAACCUUGCACGCGGGAGAUCAAGCUACCAGCUCCCACCGUAAAUUCCUAACUAUAAAGUCUUAUCAGCACCGAUGACAACUGGCCAAGUCAGAUGGACACGCCAUGGACUAAAGUAUUUGGACGUGGCAGGAAAUUCCAAUCACCUGGACUUUGAGUGGACUGCGGUGGCCCAAACUGCCAUCGGGGGUCACAGCGAUUGUGAAACAUGCAGGCGUGAUGCAAGGAAGGCAAACGGGCCCACCAAGCAGGGAGGAGGGAAGAAAAACACACUCCUCCCUUUCUGUGCCUGCAUUGUCUCCUUCUGAGGCAACACACACACACACACACACACACACACACACACACACAUGCCCCAAGAGGUGCGGCAGGAGAAGACCUGGGAGUGUGCGCUAAGGUGCCAUGGAGGAAUUUGAGGUCUGGAGGGGCUGCAGCACCUUCUCGUGGUCGUGACCAAGCCUUCACAAGGAGACCUCAAGCUUCAUGAUGGCUUCCUCUGUGGAGUUUGCCUUCUUGUUCCUGCUGCUGCUGCUUUGCAGCCUGGCAAAGAAUCACAUGAUCGCUGGAGGCUGUUUGGGCAAAUGCUGCAGCGGCGGCAGAGACAUGAGCUGCACCGCCACUGACUGGAGGAUGGAUCGGGUCUACGGGACGUGUUACUGCGACGAGGGCUGCGCCAGGACCAAAGACUGCUGCUUCGACUACUUCACACUCUGCCCAGCUAAGGCCUGCACAGUGAGCCCUUGGAGCUUCUGGAGCGGCUGUGCCGAGGCGUGCCGGCCUUCCUUGCGGCUCAGAAUCCGUCACGUGAAGGAGUGGCCCGGCAACAACGGAGAGCCCUGCCCCAGCCUGGAAGAAAGGGCCGGGUGCUUGGACUACAGAGACCACCAGGGCCACGCAUGUGGAAUCAACUCCGGUCCUGCAUUCAUCACCAGCAUGGAGUUCGGCAAGGGGAGGCCCAAGCAUGACAGCUAUGGAAGUCCUCUUCAUCCUGGUUUCUGUGUGGAAUUCUCCCUGGAGUCGCGCUCCCUUCACUGUACAGCGGAGAACAGGCCUCACACACACUGGAUGCGCUACUUUACAGAAGGCUUUACGGUGUGUGUGGCGUGCCGCCCGCCUGCCAUGAGCAACAGCAGCGGCGGUUGCCAAGGAGACGGGCGGGAAACUGACAGCGAGGCUGUGCUGCGCUGGCAGGCGGUGGGCAACCCUCGAUGCAGCGGCACGUGGAGGAAGAUCCGGAGAACGCAACAGUGCAACUGCCCACCCCAGCACAGUUUCAUCUUCAUCUGAUCAACAAGCACGCGUUGCUCUUCUUCUCUACUCUCAUUGGGCGCCGGUAAGAACAUUCAGAGAUGCAUCACUUAUGAAGCAGUGCAGCUUGUUGCCCAUAUUAAUAUAAGAUGAGAAUUAUUAUCUUUGUAAAAAGGCACACUUUUGGAUCCAGCUUUCACAUUUUAUUCAUUCAAUAUGUAAUAUUUCCAAUCACAUUUCAUUCCAUUUGUGUGAUGUAAUUCAAGGAGCAAACACGACGUGCACGCUUAAGUAAACGUCUUUGUUUACAAACGAUGCCCUCUAGUGGCGAGUAAGCCUAACUACAGCAAUACGAUAGCGUAGAAUGGAUGAGCUAAUUUCAUAUACUGUAAAUAAUCUCUCCCGUCUUUCCAAUACAAUCACCUUUUACAUUAAAAGGUGCUGAAGGUGUGCCAAAUGCGGCUCGCCAUUAAAAGGUCUUUCAAUUAUGUAAAAACAUUCUUUUGACACCUGAAUGAGAGUCACAUGCACCCCGAAGGCGGCCAUGCUGGGUGUGGUCAUUUUUGCCCUUCCAAAAAAUUGUCAGGCCAAAUCAUCAAUUACGUGACAUUUUUAUCUAAUGAUGUAAGAUUGUUAAUGGAUCACGUGCUUAAAAAGUUUAACAUUUUUCUUUUUUGGAAGGCUGCACUCGGGAUGCAUGUGCCGUAAUUGUUCUCUUGUAGAAGAUGAGGAAACAUAAGCUGCACUGCUUGUUUCUAGCCAGCAGGGGUGCUGUUAAGGACAUGAUCAGCUAAGCUAAUUGUUCUGAUAUUCUUAGUGUGUAUUUUCUGUCUGUACUAUAAACAACAUGUUAGGUUCAUUAGACGCUCACUUGAAGGUAAAAUUCAUGAUUUACAAAAUAAAACUAUGCUUAAUACAGCAACAAGUAUUAGAGGCGUAACGAGGUCUACAUGUAUUCGGAUUCUAAUUCUUUUUUCGGUACCGAACUCCCAAGUAAUACACAUUAAAAGUGAAAGAUGGGAAGUGUUUGAGUCAUGAAUAUGCUCAGUAAUCAAAUACAAGCUGUCAGGAAGUGCAAAGUAUAUUUAUGGGUCUGACAUAUUGUACAAAUACAACCAACAAAGACAGUAAAAAAGCAUACUGUACUUAAAAAAAGCUGUUGAUACAAAUAAAACAUUU